AACAAUAUAAGCAGCCAUGACUAAACUCGUCAGUAUAGUUGGUGGUAACUAAAACUUUUAUCUUUACAACAUAACAGCACAUGAGAGAUUACCUAAGCAUAGUUAUGCAUAGUCUUCCAGUGAUCUGUGAUCUCUCUUAUGGCAUUUGCACUUUGGUCACUAAGAACCCAGCACAUAUUUACAGAGAACAAAGCAGACUGCGUCUACAUAUUGUAAAUCCACAAUGUUUCAUCUAAAGAAUAUCCUUGCCUUAAUAUUAAUGUCUGCCUCUAUUUGUCAGGCUAAAACUGGUGGUCUACGGGCCUCAGAUACUACAACUAAAGUGACACUACAGCCUUGGUUGGUGGGACUGGCAGCUGUUGUAGGCUUCCUCUUUAUUGUCUUUGUGGUACUUAUUGUGAACAGACUCUUUUUCAUGAAAGACAAAGAUGAGAUGAUAGAAAAGGAGAUAGAGGACUUUACCUUUGAAAACAAAGCAGCUGAUCUGGAGGCAAAUGAGGAGACCAAGCAGACCACUUUAUAAUGAGAAGAUCAGAUGAUGAU